GGCAGGUUUGCAGGAGUCUCGCUGGAUCUAAAGGACUGGGAGAGAAGUAUCGCGCGGGUCAACCAAAGGUCAAUACUUUUGAAAUUAAAAGGGAUUAUCGUCAUUAUCAACAUGAGUGAAGAACAAUGACAUUUAAAGGGGUGUCGGGCUGGUAACACCCACCACGCUUCCCAGGCUCAGUUAUCAUCAGGGGUUCAGUCCUUACAAGAACAACCUGCUCCGAUCCCCAACAAAAUUCCAGUUCAACGCGUGAGUCGCAUAGAGGAACGAUGAGAUCCGGAUAGUUUUUUCCAUUCAGUUGACAGCAUUACGCCGAUGCCAUGCCAUACACGAACAUCCCAGAAUUUGGAAAGAUUUUUCUGAUUUGAAGAGGACUGUGAAGGGUAAACUGAAUUGAAUGAGACGACCCAAAAGAAGAUUGGAUGCACAUAUGUAUAUAUAAGGUAACCGCGUCAUCCUGUAUUUGUUAGUCAAUGCGUAUUCGGCAAAACAUCUUCCAAGUUUAAGCUGAAGAGGAAGCAAUUAGAAACUCUUCUCAGGACCUGCACUAUCAUCUCAACGGAUUACCGAGAGCACAGUCCUCUUAAACUGAAUGCACAAAAGGAAUUAAAUCAUUGAAAUUGCUCCCUCGUUGGAUAAGAACAGUUUGCACUUCAAAUCAACAGAAGCUUCAUAUGCUGAUGGCUCAAAGGUACGAAGACCUUGCCCACUAUGGUGGCGGUAUGGACGGAGUUGGGGUUCCGACGUCGAUGUACGGGGACCCUCACGCGCCCCGGCCCCUGCCGCAGGUUCACCACUUAAACCACGGGCCACCGCCACAUGCCAACCAACACUACGGGGCUCAUGUACCACACAGCAUCAUGCCCAGCAGCAUGGGCUCAGCUGGCAACGAUGCACUUAAAAGAGACAAGGACCAAAUAUAUGGGCACCCGUUAUUUCCUCUGCUGGCGCUGGUGUUUGAGAAGUGUGAGCUGGCCACAUGCACGCCGAGAGAACCCGGUGUCGCUGGAGGAGAUGUGUGCUCAUCUGAUUCCUUCAACGAGGACAUCGCUGUGUUUGCCAAACAGAUACGGGCGGAGAAGCCGUUAUUUUCUUCCAAUCCAGAGUUGGACAAUUUGAUGAUUCAGUCAAUACAAGUAUUACGGUUCCAUCUUUUAGAACUUGAAAAGGUGCACGAGCUUUGCGACAACUUUUGUCAUCGGUAUAUAAGCUGUUUGAAGGGGAAAAUGCCCAUCGACCUGGUAAUUGAUGAACGGGAUGGAUGCAAGUCCGACUUCGAUGACCUCUCUGGAUCCUCGACAAAUCUCGCAGAUCACAAUCCAGUAUCCUGGAGAGACAUGGAUGAUGCUCACUCUACUCCCUCGGUCGGCACCCCAGGACCCUCCAGUGGGGGACAUGCCUCUCAGAGUGGAGAUAACUGCAGUGAACUAGGAGAUGGUUUGGAUAACAGUUUGGCAUCUCCGGGAACCGGGGACGAGGACGACCAGGACAAGAAGCGACAGAAGAAGCGAGGAAUCUUCCCGAAAGUGGCGACCAACAUCAUGCGGGCGUGGCUCUUCCAGCAUCUCACGCACCCGUACCCAUCCGAAGAACAGAAAAAGCAGCUCGCGCAGGACACAGGUCUCACCAUUUUACAAGUGAAUAACUGGUUUAUCAAUGCCCGAAGAAGAAUUGUGCAGCCCAUGAUUGAUCAGUCUAACAGAGCGGUAAAUCAAGGAACCGCUUACAGCCCCGACGGCCAGCCUAUGGGUGGCUUUGUGUUAGACGGACAACAGCACAUGGGUCUUCGGCCAGGCGGUCCCAUGGGAGGUAUGGGUAUGAACAUGGGUAUGGACGGACAGUGGCACUACAUGUAAACUCCUCCCCCCUUCCAAAACCAUAACGUCUUGAUGGUGGCCUCAGGAAUAUUCCCUGUGCUCACAAGAAACAUGAGGAGUGAGUCCACAUCACAUUCGUCCACAUCACCCCCUCUCGCACGGCACCUUAAGCCCAAUCGCCUCCUCUCUAUACAGGACCUCCCAAAUCUCUCAUUGAUCCCUCAUCAACUGGCCAAAGUAAUGUCUACAGGAGCACCGACAUUAAAAACAGACAAACUUGAAGCAUUUGUGCCAAAACAGAGACUUCUGAAAAGACAAUUGGAGAUCUUUUCUUUUUAAAUUAUUUAUUUAUUCUUGUUACCGUCAAGAAGCACGGGGACCACACCAUUUGUGCACUUUUGUUCAACAUAAUGGCCGCCCCCCAGACGCAACUAUCCCAUUCCUCCUCACACACAGGUGCACGUACACUUAUUAAAUGCAUUUGUCCUGAAAAACUCAACUGUGGAAUUUAGUAUUCGAUGCUAAGAGCCCUCAAGAACUCUGAAAUGUGAGUGUAUAUGAUGAGAUUUUUUUCUUUUCUUUUGGGAAAUGUCUUCUGUUUGGGUUUGUGUCAUUGACUAGUUUUUAGACUUUUACAUUUAUGAUUCUACAAAGUUACAAAAUGUGUUUAAGAGGGAAAGGAAAACACUCUAAGGGAUUCACAGCAUUAUUGUGGCACAUAUCUGAGAAAAAGUCCAAUAUCUGAAGCCACAAUCUCUUUCCAAAAACAGAUGUUUUGAAAGGCAUCACUGAGGAAAUGAGUUGUCUUUCUGUUUGUUGAAUUGGGAUGGAGAGAGCAACAGUGCUUUUGUAAAGCUAAGUGUGCCUGGAGGAGUUUUUAAACCACUAGAGAUGUUCCAUUGUACAUAAUUAUGUAAAUGUUAUUUGAAAAACACAUCAAUGUCAAAUAGGCAUUCAGUCGAGAUCCUUUAAGAAUGGGAUAAUGUUGUACAUUUUGCUCGUUCUCACUCUUGGGUUUCUCUAUGGAAAAAAAAGUCGAUUAUAUGUUUGUUAAUGAUAAGUUUGAUCGAUCCUCCCGCUCAGUCCAUUUCCUUUUAGAAGUCUUUUAAACGCAGUACAGUAUUUCUACACAGUCAAAUGUCGAAUU